AUGGUAUCUUCAGUCCGCUUUCUCACGACUUCCGACACCCAUGGAGCAUGGCCUUAUCCAUCAUCCAACCCGGCGCCAAAAGUCGACGUUCUCUUACACUGCGGUGACCUAACACAAGUCGGCAGUCUUCCUAGCUUCAAACGCGCCAUAGAAGAUAUCGAAUCGGUCGAUGCAGAACUGAAACUCGUCAUCGCUGGGAACCACGAUCUUGAGCUUGACGAGAGCUGGGUACGUGAGAACAUGCCGGAAGACAUGGCCGAUCAUGUAGAAUGCGUCACAUUCAUGAAGGAGCAGGAGAUUGACGGGAUUCACUACCUCGACGAAGGCACACACACAUUCAUCCUCAAAGAUGGACGACGAUUCAGCGUAUAUGCAAGCCCCUACACACCCGAGUUUAACGGAUACGCUUUCGCAUACGGUAAAGAAGAGGAUAGGUUCAAUACUGGUGCGAACUUCGCAGCCGCUGGGGUCGAUGUUGUCAUGACACAUGGUCCUCCGCUCUUUCCAGUAAAUCCAGGGUAUGACCUCGAUGUUGGUCACGACGGAACGCAUUGCGGUUGCGAGAAGCUUGCAAACGCGGUGCAGAGAGUCAAGCCGAGGCUGCAUUGUUUUGGACAUCUCCAUGAAGGUCGGGGCGCCAUGCGUGUUGGCUGGACUGACAAUGAACAAAGUCAAACCAAGGUUCCAUCGCUGAAGAGGAUACAGGAUGAAGGAGCGAUUAUCACGGUUGAGAAAGAUUCGGCGGGAAGUGAGUCGCUUCUUGUGAACGCAGCUAUGCAUGGACCUGGAAGAGGCUGGCUAGUGGAUCUCAUGUUGUGA